CUUUCUCUCUCUCUCCUGGUGCUCCCUCCCUUCACAAACCGUUUGAGAUCCGUUUGCUUAAACAUCGAACAAUGCUCGAAAGGCCACAACAACAGCACGGCGCGCUAGGCAAAAAGUAAAAAAAAACCAAGCCGUCCAGACAUCAACACACAAUCGGCGGGGCCCCAACAACAACGACAACAAAAAGCGUUCUCUCUUUCUCACGUUUCUCGGUGCUUGACAUUUACCCAGAUCGGUUUGGUGCUAUGCUGCUGCUGCUGUGUGUGUGUGUGCCUGUGCUUCUGACUUACUAUUUCUCGAUCGCCCUCCAAAGCACAACCUCUCCCCCGGCGGCCCCGGCACAUUGAUCACAUUGAGUUUUGCAAUUGAGGGAGGAGGAGGGGGGGAAGGGAGGUCCGCCCGCAAAAACCGAACGCUCCAAAUAUUGGGUCGUGCGCGGUGUGGUCACAAAUUAGAGCGAACCACCCUUGCCACCCUCUCCCACCCAUACACCAGGAUCGAUACAAAAAAAAAACAUCAAAGACGUAAUAUUCUGCCCAGCCCAAAACAUAAGGAGGCCCUGCCCAAAAAGGCACCCGCUGCCUCUAGUGUGUGUGUGUGUGAGUGUGUGUGGAUGCAGUGCAGGCUCCCUUCUUUUAAUGUGGGUGUGUCGGUGGUGUGCAUUAAUCAUACCGCACCGAUGCUUCGGCUGCUAGCAACACCACCACCAAGUCUCAAGGGUCAAGCGGAGCGCAAAUCGUCAUCGAACAGUCGCGCAGCGUUUGUCGCUUCUCGCGUCAUUGAAGUCUUUCGUAGUGAACGUAUCUAGCGCGCGCACAGAGCGCUUGCAAGAGGGAGAGUGCGAUCGAGCGAGCGAGUGAGAGACGGUUCAACGGCGUUGUGUCCCGCGGACGACGCUGCUGCCACGGGUCUGCCUGAGUCAGAGGUCUCCCGCGGCACGGAUUCGUUCUUCGACGUUCGCCCGCGGACGACGGGUGUUGUGUUUGUGCCCGCAGUGUGUUUGCAGGAGGAGAGCAAGAAGAAGCAGCAACAACAAAAAGUAAAAGUUGUUUGCGCACAUGCAAAGUUAGAUAAUAGCAAUCAUCUUUCGUUACAUCUUCCUGUAACAUCUUCCAGCGACUAGCGGCGCGGGCGCGCACGUGUGUGUGUGUGUAGAUGCCACGAUGUUUCUCCGGCGGGUCGAUUCGGUAGUGUUGCUGAUAUUUGGGUGUCUACUAAUUAUAGAUGGGCACGAGGAAAAAAAUCGCACCAAGCGUGGUCGGAACGUGCGGACAUCGAACGCACCGCAGACGAACGCCGGAUCUGAGCCGAGCCAAGAUCUCGAUUCGAGCAGCAGCAGCAGCAACAGCAACCAGCAGGAUGUGCCCGUCAUACCGCCCGGCUUUCUGAGCCCUUCCGUGCAGGAGUAUCUCGAGCUGGGCAAAUCCAUUCCAGGCCGACCAGGAACUGACUACCCAAUACUGGCCAGCAUACCGUACACGAACUUCUACUGCGACGAGCAAGAAUAUCCGGGCUUCUUCGCCGAUAUGGACACGAGAUGCCAAGGAUGGCAUUAUUGCGACAUCGAUGGACGGCAGGCGACGUUCCUCUGCCCCAACGGCACGCAGUUUUCGCAAGCGGUGUUCGUGUGCGACUGGUGGUUUAACGUGCGCUGUGAUCUUUCGCCCCGGCUGUACUCGAUCAAUGCCCGGCUGUACCAGCGGCCCAAGUUCAAUCCGACGCAACCGCACCGAGUCAUCACCCGCCAGCUGGUGGACGAGAUUUUUAAUGUGUAGAAAGAAGAGGUAGCGGUAGAGCGGGGACGAGGGAGAGCGGACUCGUUCCUCUUUCCGACGUGUUAAAAUAUCAUCACUAUUUAUUUUUUAGUUGGCCCGUAGUGUUGUAAGAGACGAGCGCGUGCGCGCGCACUAAUGUGACUCCGUUGCGUAGUUGUUUCGUUUGAAGUGGUUUGAUUUACCAGCUCAUCAAUUCCCACUAGCCAGCUAGACUACACACACACACACAGACACUUGUACACAUACACACACACAUACAAGAUUCUAUACUUUUGUUACCAAAUCGGAUAAACCACGCAAUCCUUGCCGACAAUGAUGAUCUUUUGUAAAUGUUUUGCCUUAAUUGACUCCAUACCUUCCUACGUACCGAGAAGAUGCUACCUUGCUAGAAGUAGCUAAGGCAUUAUCCGUAACACGGUUGUAUUAUUGUGUAAAGUAAAUGUGUAAAGUGUAAUAAAGUAUGUAAAUAUAAAUUUACCACCAACGCGA